AAAGAUUACCUGCAAUCGCUAGUGCUGGUAAGGAACAACAAGAUUUGCCAGCUCCAAUCGCUGCAACCAUGGGGAAGGGAGGUGGUUGUGUGCCCAGUAAAAAGCGAAUGCCAUUAGCUACUUCCAAUGAUGUUCCGAAGACAGCCGUGGAUGUUCCGAUCAAUGUCGACGAUAAGUCCCUCCCUGCUGAUUCCACUCCUACGCGCGGAGUCACGAUUUCGUCGCCACCUGCGAAGUUGAAGAUUUAUAUCGUCUACUACUCCAUGUAUGGUCAUGUAGAGGGGUUGGCAAAGAGAAUGAAGAAAGGGAUUGAUGGGAUCGAGGGGGUCGAGGGUUUCUUAUACCGUGUUCCUGAGACUCUGUCAGAUGAGAUUCUCGAGAAGAUGAAAGCUCCUCCUAAAGACAACUCGAUCCCCUUGAUAUCUACGGCGGAAUUGGCGUCGGCCGAUGGGUUUUUGUUUGGGUUUCCGACCAGGUAUGGAUGUAUGGCUGCUCAAAUGAAGUCUUUCUUCGACUCGACUGGGCAGUUGUGGAAGGAACAAAAGCUUGCAGGGAAGCCGGCUGGGUUCUUUGUGAGCACUGGUACGCAAGGAGGUGGCCAAGAAACCACUGCUUGGACGGCAAUCACCCAGUUGGCACACCAUGGAAUGCUAUUUGUUCCCAUUGGAUACACAUUUGGAGCCGGAAUGUUCAAGAUGGACUCUAUUAGGGGUGGUUCUCCAUAUGGUGCUGGAGUUUAUGCUGGUGAUGGCACAAGGGAGCCUACUGAGACAGAGCUGGCACUUGCAGAGCACCAGGGGAAAUACAUGGCGGCAGUUGUAAAGAGGCUCGCUCCUGUUUGAUAACAAGUUUGGUUGGAUCCUUGUUUGUUCCACCUACAUUUUAGGUUCGUCAUUUGUUUAUUCAAAAGAUUCUUUUCAGAUCAUGAUCAUUAGCCGUAGCUUUUCACAUGUUGGAAGGUUUUGUGUGAACAAACUACCCAUGUGUAGCUACAAUAUCCUGUUCUUUCCAUUUUGUGUUAGUUCUGCCCCAUUUGUUUUUUCAGAAAGUUGUAUAUGGUCUCAACAUCUUAUUUCUGUUUCGUCGUGGUACCAAUUAAGUUGUGAAAUGUGUUCUUUUGUAUACUACUGUCAUAUUUUCAUUGGUCUUUUUUUUCAUUCAGGAAAUUCAAUUCUGAUUGUGUUUUAUAGGUUGAAGAGACUGGCCUUGUUUAGCCUCAAUGCCCAUUGCGCAGAAAGUUGUAUAUUAUCUAAAAAAUUCUUAUGUUUCAUUAUGGUAACAAUGAAAUAGUGAGUUUCUGU